AUGAAGCGCAAAGACGACAGUGCCCAACUCGACCACCACCUCAACAUGAUGUUGGAGCUGGUCGAGCGGCUGGAGCGGAACAGGUGGUCGGCGGGUUCCGGUGGCCGGCGGUGGAGACCCGAUGCCCGGCCGCCGCUAAUGCCCCUCCAAGCUGAACUCCGCACGCUGGAGCUCUGGCGGUCCGUCAUGGCCGAGUGUCUGGCCACGUUCCUGUACGUGGCCGUUGUCUGCGGCGCGGCCACUUCGGACGCUUCACCCGUACUCGGUGCGGCCGCCGCGUCCGGGUUCACCAUGCUUGCCCUCACCGUGUGCCUGCAAAACGUUUCCGGAGGACACAUAAAUCCUGCUUUAACCACUGCCAUGCUGAUCACAAGAAGGAUAAGCCCCGUAAGAGCUGUUAUGUUCAUAGCCGCACAAUGUGGAGGCGCAGUAGGAGGAGCCGCGAUAAUCUACAGUGUUUCCGCUCGCAACUACUUCACCAGUCUAUACGACCUGCCAAACAGCAGCACAACCCCAUGGCAACGUUUCAGCUUAGGCUUGCUACUCAUGUUCUUCAUCGUGUUUACAUAUUACGUGACUAAUAAUACGUUUCACAAAUGGACCGGAACUGCGGCAACGGCAAUAGGAGCAGUGUACUUCGCGUGCGGUCUAGUGGCGAUGCCCUUUAUUAAUCCAGCUUGCGCGUUCGGACCGGCACUUGUGAUGAACCAUUGGGAUAAUCACUGGGUUUAUUGGUUUGGACCAGGAGCAGGAGGAAUCAUUGCAGGCGUAGUGUAUGAUUUAAUCUUUAAUCCACAAAAACGAAAAGCGACAAUAGAUGAUUUGAAUGAUGAUGAGAAUUUGUGUCAGAUACAGGUACCACACAAAAUUAUUCGACCAGCUCUUUCCCCUCCAAUGCUAUCUGCUGAUUUAGAUUUGCCAGAGCCUUUGUAUGAAGGGAGUAGAUCGUUAUACGCUCGUUCACCGGUUUUAACCCGUGCAAAUUUAAGUCGUUCACAGUCACUGUACCAUUCAAAAUCCAUCCAAAACUUGCCACCUCGUGAUUACUUACCAAGACCCGGGCCAUUAUUACCGGCACAAGGAAUGUUUCCACAGACAACGACAGCCACUUCAAUAUGCAAUGAUAGAACAGAUAGACCCGAUAGGCAAAAUCAACAGAAUCAACAAAGGCAACAUGAACCCACAUAUUAUAGUGCUAGGAAUUUGGCAAAAGUCAACGCUAGUGGCAUCCAUAAUGGAAUAUAUCCACAAAGUUGUAAUAGGUCUGAAACAUAUAGGCAACCACCGAAAGAAUCAGCAGAUGACACUUAUGGAGUUUAUGGCAAUUCUCAAAAUAAAUCACAAAAUCAUCAUGGCAAUCAUUCAAAGAGUGAGUUUGUUUACCGAUGGACACCACCAAAUUCAGUUAUGCACGAGUACUCAUGA